AAAACAAGAAAAGCCCACAUAAUUCUAGAAUUUCAAAUCAAAUCCUCUUCCGAGUUGAAUUAACAUUCAAGAAACCAAAUUUCCUUCGCUACAAAAUUCCCUCAUUCCUUACCUCAAUAUCACAAAAUCCGAUCCACCAACUCUCUCCAAUAACCAAAAAUACAAACUUAUAUAUAGAUUCCACACAUUCAUCAGCAACUAAAUUAUUAAAAGGAAUGGAUUUUGAACUGAGAAGGGCAAGAGAGAAGCUUGAGAAGGAACAAAAAGAACGAAAAGACAAAGCAAGAUUGCGACUCGACAGAGAAAGAAAAGCUAAAGAAGCAGCUCAAAAACAACGAGAAGCCAUUGAAGCUGUUCAAAGAUCCCGGAGACUUGAUGCCAUCGAAGCCCAGAUUAAGGCUGACGAGCAGCUGCAAGAAAAUCUACUUGCUGGAAGAGGGAUCGUGUUUUCUCGUAUAUUGGAAGCUGUUCCUUUUCAGGGUAAUGGAGAUAAGAUUAAACUGCCACCUUCAUGUUUCACGGAAUUGUCGGAUAAAGGUGCUUUUGACAAAGGACCGAUAUAUUUCCAAGUAUCUGUGAUUCAUCAAGAGAGUUCUUCUGAGGUUAAGACCCCCGAUUCAAAACAGCAGACGACCAACUCAGGUGUACUUGAGUUUACUGCAGAGGAAGGCUCAGUUGGGCUUCCUCCCCAUGUAUGGAAUAAACUAUUCCCUUCAGAAACUUUAAAAGCUCCUCUUGUUGAAAUUCGUUAUCUAUGGUUGCCUAAAGGAACUUAUGCAAAGCUUCAACCUGAGAUUGUUGGUUUUUCAGACCUUCCAAAUCACAAGGCUAUUUUAGAAACGACUCUUCGACAGCAUGCUACUCUUUCUGAAGGUGAUGUGAUCACUGUCAACCAUGGGAUACUGACAUACAAUUUACGCGUUUUGGAGUUGAAGCCUUCCGAUAGUGUAUCUGUCCUGGAAACAGAUAUUGAGGUGGAUAUAGUUGGUCCAGAUUCAGUUUCAGUUUCAGCUUCGGAGACAACAAAUCAACAUUUUCUGAAGCCGCUUACUGUCGGGACAUCAGAAUCUGGAAUGGUUGAAGAAGGGAAUUAUGAAUAUUAUAAAUUUUCUAUCGAUAAUGAAACAUGGGAAAAAAUUGCUUCAGAUGAUGUCAGAAUCGAAGUAAAGGUAGACGCUGAAACUGUUAGUGGCGAUACUGAUCUAUUCAUCUCAAAGCAUCCCCUCUUAUUUCCAACCAGACAUCAACAUGAAUGGUCUUCUCACGACAUGGGUUCGAAGGCUUUGAUUCUGAGCUCUAAGGAUAAGAACUUGGGAGUGGGUACAUAUAGCAUUGGUGUGUAUGGAUUUAAGGGAAUGACAAAAUAUAAGGCAUUAGUGAGUGUUCAAGAUUAUAGUAAUCAAAAAACGGGUCAACAAGCUGGGUCUUCAUCAGCCAUGGAGGUUGAUACUGUGGAGUGUAGAAAUUGCAAGCAUUUUAUACCGACCAGGAGUAUAGCUCUGCAUGAAUUAUAUUGUAGCAGACAUAAUAUUGUUUGUCCGCAUGCUGGAUGUGGAAUUGUUUUGAGGACCGAGGAAGCCAAAAACCAUAUACAUUGUGAGAAAUGCGGGCAAGCUUUCCAAAAGGGAGAAAUGGAGAAGCACAUGAAAGUUUUCCACGAACCUCUUCAGUGCCCCUGUGGAGUAAUGCUCGAGAAGGAACAAAUGGUAAAACACCAAGCUUCAGCUUGUCCAGUACGUCUUAUCACAUGCCGGUUUUGCGGGGACAUGGUCCAUGCUGGGAGUUCAGCUAUGGACACGAGGGACCGAAUGAGAGGAUUAUGUGAGCAUGAAAGUGUCUGCGGGUCUAGAACAGCUCCAUGCGACUCGUGUGGCCGGUCCGUCAUGUUGAAGGAGAUGGACAUUCACCAAAUUGCAGUUCACCAAAAGAGUUAAUCAUGCAGUAUAUAGAAUAUGUCUAGCAAUCCAUGUGUGGUCUUAGUUUGUCCCAGCUGCUCAAUUGCUGAUGUUCUUCAUAUUCAGUAUUGUUUAUAUGAAAAGAAAGAUCCAAAAGAAACAUUAUUGUAUCAUGUGAUUCUGUCAAGUGAAUGAUAGAUGAUUUUUUAUAAAUUAUGAGUAAAGGGUCAUUUUGAUUUCUGAA